CAGCAGCAGGGGCAAGCGUGGUGGCCCCAGGCGGGGCUGUGGGCAGGCGGAGCCAAGGGCCGCCCCCCCCCGCCCCCCUGCCCCGGCCGGUCCCUCCCCCUGCGGGUCCCGCCCCGCCCCGCCGCGGCGCUGAAGGAGGGCGGGGCGGGGCCCCCGGGUCAGUCUCAGCCUCCGGCACUGGCCGCGCAGCUGGAGGCAGCGGAGCGGAAGCCCCGGCCAUGGCUGCGAUCAGAAAGAAGCUGGUGAUUGUGGGGGAUGGGGCCUGUGGGAAGACCUGCCUCCUCAUUGUCUUCAGCAAGGAUCAGUUCCCCGAAGUCUAUGUCCCCACUGUCUUUGAGAACUACAUCGCAGACAUAGAGGUGGACGGCAAACAGGUGGAGCUGGCUCUGUGGGACACAGCCGGGCAGGAAGACUAUGAUCGCCUGCGGCCUCUCUCCUACCCGGACACUGACGUCAUCCUCAUGUGCUUCUCCAUCGACAGCCCCGACAGCCUGGAAAACAUUCCUGAGAAGUGGACCCCGGAGGUGAAGCACUUCUGCCCCAACGUGCCCAUCAUCCUGGUGGGGAAUAAGAAGGAUCUGAGGCAGGAUGAACAUACCAGGAGAGAGCUGGCCAAGAUGAAGCAGGAACCCGUGCGAUCUGAGGAGGGCCGGGACAUGGCAAACCGGAUCAGUGCCUUUGGCUACCUCGAGUGCUCGGCCAAGACCAAGGAGGGGGUGAGGGAGGUAUUUGAGAUGGCCACUCGGGCCGGCCUCCAGGUUCGCAAGAAUAAGCGCCGGAGGGGUUGUCCCAUUCUCUGAGACCACCCAGGUCUCCCCUAUUCCCCCCCUUCCCUUCCCAGGGGUGCAGAAGCUGCCCACCUCCUGGCCCCGCCCUCUUAGGGCUCCUCGUGGAAGCCUCCCUUUUCAGCUCCCUCCAGCCCAGGACUGCAUCUGAGUUUCCCCAGCACCACCAGCCCCCAAGGUGGUGGUGGUGGUGGU